AUGUCGACCCCAUCCACCCUGUCCUCCUCCACUUCCUCCUCCUAUGGGCCUCAAUCUCCAAGUGCCAUGGGAGAAUCUGCCGGCCCCCUCUUCAUCAACCCCUACGCCACGGUCGUUGUCAUGUCGCACGUCCCCAUGACGCUCGAGCUAAAGAACUCCAACUUCAACAAGUGGUCCUCGUUCUUCCGCUCCAUGUGUGGCAUGUUAGGCUUGCUGGCGCACAUCGACGGCACUGCUCCUACCUACCGUACCGACCCGACGUGGGAGCAAGCAGACUGCUGCAUCCGCAGCUGGUUGUUUGGCUCCGUAUCGGAUGCCGUCCUCGACCUCGCCAUGGACGGCACCGACCAGACGAGCGACUUUUCCAUCAACGACUACUACCAUCGCAUGAAGAUCGCCACCGACGCCCUCCGCAACGUCGGUCAGCCCGUCUCCGAGCCUACACUGGUGUUGAACCUGCUGCGUGGCCUCACCAAGCCCUACUCCACCACCGCGGACAACAUCGCUACCAACUCCGACCUCACCUUCGCUGCUGCACGCAAUCAACUUCUCCUGAAGGAGCUACGCUAG